AUGGGUGAUAUGGAGCGUGAUCAUGGCAUUAAGCUCAACUACAAUACAGCUUUGAGGUCUCAAAACGCCGCAUACGACUUCAUUUAUGGAGAUCACAAGAAGUCCUGGGAACUUUUGUCGGCGUAUUUUCAUAUGUCGAUGAAGGAAAAUCCUGGAACAUCGGCAUACAUUGAGACCGAUAAAGAUGACGUGUUUGAGUAUGAUUUCAUUUCUUUUCAUGCGUCUGCAGGCUUCCUCAGUUAUUGUCGGCCCGUUAUUGUGAUUGACGGUACGCAUUUGAAGGGUAAGUAUAAAGGCAUCCUAUUUGUAGCAACUACAAAGGACGGAAAUGAACAAAUUUUUCCUUUGGCAUUUGGUAUCGGCGAUAAAGAAUGUCAUAGUGCGUGGAUGUGGUUUCUCAAAAAGCUUCGAUCCACUUUUGGAUGUCCGGAAAAUUUAGUGAUUGUUUCUGAUCGCCACCAGGGCAUAAAGUCUGCUAUGGAGGUUGUGUACCCUGAAGCCGUACAUGCCAUAUGUUCCUACCACCUUCGACAAAAUAUUCGAAGUCAGGGGUGUAAAGUUGUUGGUUUAUAUAUGAAAGCUUCAUACACUUAUUCUCCCAUUGUGUACGAAAAGUCAAUGGCUAUGCUUGCGGCAAAAUAUCCUAACACAAAAAAAGUUUUGAUUGAUGAAGCUAUUCCAACUAGAUGGGCACGAAGUCAAUGUCCUGUGAGAUGA